AUGUAGUGUGGAUAAUAUUGUUAUGGUUGUACAAACUAUUACUAGUGUAAUGAUUGUAUUAAAAAAGGUAUAAGUGGUAGAUAUGAAUAUUUAUAUGAUAAAACUUGUGGUACCUGUAAUGAUGGAUUAUCUAGUUCAAAAUUUAGUAAUCAAUGUUAAGGAAAGUCAGAUAAAUGUAAAGAUAUUUCAAGUGAUGGUAAAUAAUGCAAUAGUUGCAAAGAUAGUAGUCUUUUUAUUAACGAAGAAUUAGCAACCUGUUAAAAAUGUAACACUAAUAAUGGGUGGUAUAUUAGUGGUUAGUAUUGUAGAAGGUGCCCAUAUCAAUGUUUAUCAUGUAAAGGACCUAAUCCUAAUGAUUGCAUUGCUUGUAGAGAUAGAUUAUUGAAAUAUGAUGAUGGAAGAUGUGAAUUUAAUCCUAAUUACCGUUGCUCUGAUGGUUAUUAUAAAUCUUAAUAAAAUUGUAUUAAAUGUCCAAGUAAAUGUACAAAAUGCACAUCUGACAAAAAAUGUGUUGAGUGUGAAGGAGGUUCUUUUAUUAUGCAGAAUUAAUUAUGUGAAGAUUGUUUGAUAGGUAAAGGGGAAUUCUUUGAUGGGAAAUAGUGUUCUAAGUGUUCAUAAUAUUGCUAAUCUUGUUAAAAUUUGUAAACAUGCUAAGUUUGCUAAGAUAGCUAUUAUUUGAAAGAAGAUAACUCAGGAUGUAUGAGUUGUGCUUAAAAUAGCUAAUAUUUUAUUGAUGAGAAAUAUUGUAAAUUAUGUGAUUCUAAAUGUUUAACAUGCUCUGAAAAUAAAACAAAUUGUUUAUCAUGUGUAUAAGGGCUUUAUUUAACUAAAGACAGUAAGUGUGUUAAAUGUGAUUAAGACGGAUUUUACAUUGAUGGUUCAAAAUGCUUGUCUAAUGAAUGCAAAGAUGGCUUUUAUUAUAACUUAAGUACUAAGAAUUGUGGUCCAUGCUACAAUAACUGUAAAACAUGCAAAGGAGGUGGAGAAAAAGAUUGUUUAACUUGCUUGAAUUUGAAUGAAUAUCUAUUUCCAGUAGGAUAUUGUGGUAUUUGUAGAGAAGGAGAUGGAUAUGUUUUAAAAGAUCAAUACUGUAUUCAAUGUGCUUCAAACUGCUAAAAAUGUUCAGGUGAUAGUGUAAGUGAAUGUAUUUCUUGUAAAAGUGGGUAUAAUUUUAUGACUGAUGGAAGAUGCGACAAAUGUAAUUAAAACCUAGGAUAAUUUAUUGAUGGGCUAACUUAAAAAUGUAAGGAUUGUCAUGCUUCAUGCAAAACAUGCAUAGGAGAAAGGGAGGAUUAAUGUGAUGAAUGUCAUAUAGAAUAUAUAAAAGAUGAUUAAGAGAAAUGUAGAAUAUGUAAAAUAAAUGAAGGUUAGUUUUUGGAUCUAGUUGGCAAAUGCUAAGUUUGUCAUAGAAAUUGUUAAACUUGUAAUGGAAAAGAGGAAAAUAAAUGCUUAACAUGUAAGCCAGGAUUUUAUAAGGAUGAAAGUGAUUAAGGAAAAUGCGUUUCCUGUGAUACAGAAAAUGGUUUUUUUAUUUCUGAAUAAUACUGCAGAAAAUGUCACUCAACAUGUAAAAAAUGCUUUAAUUCUUAAUCAGAAAAUAGUUGUAUAGAAUGCAAUGCUGACCUUUAUCUUUUUACUGAUGGGAGAUGUGAUGUAUGUGGAUAAGGGUUCUAUGUUGAAAAUAAAAAUUGUAAAUAAUGUAAAUUUGGAUGUAAAAGUUGCAGAUCAAACUUUAGUUGCGAUGUAUGUCUACCAUAGUUUUACAGAAAAAAAAUUAAUUGA